AUGAGCCCCCAAGAGUCUAAACGUUACAAUUUUAUCGUACGGACUAUAUGGACUUUCAUAAUGAUUAGUGGAUUUUUCAUCACCCUUGCUUCCGGUCACUUUUGGUGUGUUAUGCUCAUCUUGGUAUGCCAGAUUGCCACAUUCAGAGAAUGCAUAAGUGUGACAUCUUUAUCUGGAAGAGAGCGUAAAUUGCCUUUGACAAGAACGCUGAACUGGUAUUUUCUGUUUACGACCAUUUACUACCUGGACGGACAAUCCCUUUUCAAGUUUUUCCAAUAUUAUUUCCUCAACUACAAGAUUCUUAACCUCAUCUCGUCCAACCAUUAUUUCAUAUGUUAUUGCUUGUACGUUCUUGGGUUCGUAAUUUUUGUUUGGAAUCUGAGGAAGGGGUUUUUGAAAUUCCAAUUUGCGUCUCUCUGCGUCACUCACAUGGUUUUACUAUUGGUCGUUUUCCAGGCACAUCUCAUCAUCAACAAUGUGUUGAACGGUCUCAUUUGGUUUUUACUUCCUUGUGGACUUGUCAUCGUGAAUGACAUUUUUGCUUACCUAUGUGGAAUCACUUUUGGUCGCACCAAGCUGAUAGAAAUCUCACCGAAGAAGACUCUCGAAGGGUUUUUGGGUGCAUGGUUUUUCACCGCUUUGGCCAGUAUAAUACUGACAAGACUUUUAACUCCUUUCACAUACAUGACCUGCCCUGUUCAAGAUAUCAAGACCAAUUUCUUCACACCGCUUACAUGCGAACUUAACCCAGUUUUCAUUCCACAGGACUACAGAGUACCGCCUAUCAUUUUCGAAAAAAUUGGCAUCAGUAUCAUCACAAUUAGACCCAUUUAUUUGCACGCGUUGAACUUGGCCACUUUUGCUUCACUAUUCGCCCCUUUUGGGGGAUUUUUUGCUUCCGGACUUAAGAGAACUUUCAAAGUCAAAGAUUUCGGUCACUCGAUCCCCGGUCACGGUGGUAUCACGGAUAGAGUCGACUGCCAAUUUUUGAUGGGCUCUUUCAUGAACUUGUACUACGAAACUUUUAUCAGUGAGAACAGAGUCACCGUCGAAACGAUUUUAUCAACGGUGCUAAUGAAUUUUGACGAACACCAAAUUAUGCAACUUGUAAUUGCUCUGAACGACGUUUUGUACAGCAAUGGAAUCAUCAGCGACAGAGUUCACGGUAAGGUAGCAGAGCUUUACAGUUUCAAAUGA